AUGUGCUCUUACAGGUGGUCUGAAUAUGAGCACCAAACUUAUACACGUGGUUUGAAUAUGAGCACUAAACCAGAUGUGGUUACAUUUAUUAGUAUGCUAUCAUCUUGUAGCCAUGGAGGAUUACUCACUCAAGGAAGAAGCUACUUCAAAGAGAUGGAAACCAUGUUUGGGGUUAAACCAAGAGUGGAACAUUAUGCUUGUAUGAUUGAUUUACUUGGAAGAAUUGGGGUUUUGGAUGAAGCUUAUGAGUUGAUAAGAGAAAUGCCAAUGGAAGCGGAUAAACUUGUUUGGGGAGCGCUUCUUAAUGCGUGUAGGAUGCAUGGUGAUGUUGAAUUGGGUAAAAUUGCUACUGAAAAGCUUCUUAAGUUGGAUCCAAAUGAUAGUGAUGUUUAUGUGAUUAUGGAAAGUUUAUAUGCAAGUAGAUGUAAAUGGGAUGAGGUAAAGAAGAUUAGAAGUGUAAUGAGAGGGAAUGGUUAA